AUGGGGAAUAUAUCAUUGGUUACAGAGUUCAUCCUUCUGGGUUUAUCCCGUAACCACAACCAGCAGGUCCCACUCUUUGCAGUAUUUCUGACUACUUAUCUGGUGACCGUGCUGGGAAAUGGGCUAAUCAUAGCUGUUAUCAGCAAGGAUUAUGAGCUCCACACUCCCAUGUAUUUCUUCCUGGGGAACCUCUCCUUUGUGGAUAUUUGCUUUAGCUCGGUUACAGCCCCUCGCAUGCUGGCCAACCUUCUCCUCGAGAAGAAAUCUAUCUCCUUCAAGGCCUGUAUGACACAACUAUUCUUCCUAUUCUGUACGGCCAGCAUGGAAUGCUUUAUACUGGCGAUCAUGGCUUAUGACCGACUUGUAGCAAUUAGCAAUCCUCUUCGUUAUCUCUCCAUCAUGAACUCAAAGACUUGCUUGACCCUGGUGGGCAGCUCUUGGGCCCUCACCUCUUUGCACUCCCUUCUACACAUGGUCACAGUCUCUACCUUUACAUUUUGUGGUCCUAACCAGAUUCACGAGUAUUUUUGUGACCUCCCUCCCCUAUUGGCUCUCUCCUGUUCCGAUACCACUAGUUACGAUCUUCUGGUAUUUACAGAGGGUUCUCUAAUAGCAACGAGCCCCUUCCUGUUCGUGGUGGUCUCCUAUAGCCGAAUUCUCAAAACUAUCUUAAUGAUUCGCUCAUCCUCUGGACAGUAUCGGGCUUUCUCCACAUGUUCAUCUCAUCUCCUUUCUGUAGGACUUUACUUUGGAACCAUCUUCUUCACCUACUUCCGUCCUUCCUCGUCAGGGUCAGUGGACGAUGACCGGACGAUAACUGUGGUGUACUCAGUCCUCACUCCCCUUCUCAAUCCAUUUAUUUACAGUCUGAGGAACCAGCAAGUGAAGGGAGCGUUGAAGAAAAUGAUGUGUCAAUAA